UACAUAUUCAAUAGCAAGUCGCAUUAUUCCUGAAAACCUUCCCAUUAAUUCACAGGGAUUAGUGAACAUAUGUUGAGGAGCAGCACGUUUCGACAGUCAGUCAAUGAGGCUCAUUGCUAAAAAUACAAACUUCCGGUGUGUUUAUCACGUCCUUUGGGGUCUUAAGAAAUUGCGUCACAAGGAAGAUUAAAGUAAUAGCUUUACCUGUACGGUCCGUCCCGGUGGAGAUGCCCUGCUCAAAUACUUCACAUGAUACAGGAAUAUGUCCGCCACAUUGGAUUCACUUUUAGCUCUAGCUUUGCUAUUCUGUCGAGUUACUCCUGGAUCAACAUCUUGUUUACCCGGCUGCUCUUGCACAAAUGACAACUUGGGAAGAUCCCUACUUUGCAUGGAAACAGCUAUGGGACGAAUCCCAGACCAUGUUCCAAAUGAUUUCAGUAAAAUUCGAAUAGAGAAUUCUCAUCUGACCGAAUUACCCCGCGGCUCCUUCUCUAAAGUUAGUGCCUUGGUGUCUCUAUGGUUGAAUUUCAACGACAUCACCCUAAUGAACAUCAAGAGUCUGGAGGGGCUGACGAAUCUAACGGAACUACGCCUCCAGGGGAACAAGCUGCGUUCAGUCCCAUGGACAGCGUUCCAGGAUACGCCGAACCUGAAGAUUUUGGACCUGAAACAUAACCGACUAGACGUGCUCCCGGAAUCUGCCCUGAGACAACUUCCAGGCCUGACCUAUUUAGACUUAUCCUUCAAUCAGCUUACUGUCAUAUCCAGGGAUGUCUUCCUCAACUGGCCUCUCCUCAACACUCAGGAGAGAAAAGGAGGUAAAGAGCCCGGCAGUGGAGAGGCCAACGUUGUUUUGGCUCUGCACGACAACCCUUGGCUGUGUGACUGCCGCCUCAAAGGUUUCGUUGAGUUUAUCAAAAGUGUUAGUCCACCUCUAAUUCUGAUGAACUCGUACCUGAUGUGCACAGGCCCCAGUUCCAGGGCGGGAAAGUUCUUCCACGAAGUCGGUUUGAAAACAUGUAUGAAGCCUGAGGCCUCCGCCUCAGAAACCAACAUGACGGUGUCGCUGGGGGACAAUGUAACCCUCCAGUGCUUAGUCAAAGCCAGGCCUGACCCCGCCAUCCACUGGUCGUACAGCCUGAAGAUUAGAAGGGGAUUUACUGUCUCAGAGACCCGUGUGGACGAUGAGACCAUCAGAUCUCAGCUGGUCAUCCCAUCCCUUCACCUGGCGGACCGAGGCGUCUACACCUGCUUCGCCAACAACUUCAUAGGCAACUCCUCCGUCAGUGUCCUGAUCAACAUCAAGUCUUUCAACGCCUCCUCCACCGGCGGUGCCGCCAUGUCUCUACCCCCGUUCCCCCUGGCCUCAGCCGACGAGAACGUCUACAUUGACAUCCGCAUCUCCAAGCAGACGGUCUACGGCAUUACUCUGGAGUGGUACGCUGCGACGGACAACCCUGCAGAGACCUGGUUCACCAUCCACUUGGGGAAAUACCACUCUGACAAAAAGGAGUUGACAUACAUCGGGCCGGGCAUCAACACCUAUUCGGUCAAUGACCUCCUACCGGUUACUAAAUACGAGGCGUGUGUAACGCUGAAGAACCAGAUGCCCCACGCCGGCCAGUGCAUCGUGUUUGUAACAGGAAGUGACAUCAGUCAGCUGGAACAACGGGAGAAGCUCAUCCAUAUUAUCGUGAUUGUGUGCGCCAUGGUGCUGGCGGUGCCCGUGGGGAUGUACGCCUGCACCACCGACACUAGAUGUACGUUCAGCUGCCUGGACCGCUGUACAGAACAGUGUAAGAGGAGGAGAAGGCAGGAGAAGACCCUGAGGACCAAUGGGGAGAGACAGGGGACCUUCGACAGCCUCCAGGCCGCCAGCGAUGAAGGACUCUGUGGAGACUCUGAAGAGGUGAUGAAGAAGAGGAGUAAGUCCUCCGACGAAAAAAACAACCACAGGGGAAAAGCACAAGAUCUACCAGAAACAACCACUGGAGCAAAGCUAUAUUAGCUGUAGGUUUAAAGUUUAAAAAAUCUACCACAAACAACCACUAGAUCAAAGCUAUAUUAGCUGUAGGUUUAAAGUUUAAAAAAUCUACCACAAACAACCACUAGAUCAAAGCUAUAUUAGCUGUAGGUUUAAAGUUUAAAAAAUCUACCACAAACAACCACUAGAUCAAAGCUAUAUUAGCUGUAGGUUUAAAGUUUAAAAAAUCUACCACAAACAACCACUAGAUCAAAGCUAUAUUAGCUGUAGGUUUAAAGUUUAAAAAAUCUACCACAAACAACCACUAGAUCAAAGCUAUAUUAGCUGUAGGUUUAAAGUUUAAAAAAUCUACCACAAACAACCACUAGAUCAAAGCUAUAUUAGCUGUAGGUUUAAAGUUUAAAAAAUCUACCACAAACAACCACUAGAUCAAAGCUAUAUUAGCUGUAGGUUUAAAGUUUAAAAAAUCUACCACAAACAACCACUAGAUCAAAGCUAUAUUAGCUGUAGGUUUAAAGUUUAAAAAAUCUACCACAAACAACCACUGGAGCAAAGCUAUAUUAGCUGUAGGUUUAAAGUUUAAAAAAUCUACCACAAACAACCACUAGAUCAAAGCUAUAUUAGCUGGGGUUUUUUUUUUUUUUUCACCUUUAUUUAACCAGGUAGGCCAGUUGAGAACAAGUUCUCAUUUACAACUGCGACCUGGCCAAGAUAAAGCAAAGCAGUUCGACAGGUUUAAAGUUAAAAAUUAUCCACUAGAGCAAUGCUAUAUUAGCUGUAGGUUUAACAUUUUAAAAUAUCCACUAGAGCAAUGCUAUAUUAGCUGUAGGUUUAACAUUUUAAAAUAUCCACUAGAGCAAUGCUAUAUUAGCUGUAAGUUUAACAUUUUAAAACGUGUACAAGACGUCUAGAGGAACAGUUAUCUGUAAUAAUGGGGAGCAGUCUUAUGUGAAGUGUAGCUUUAGGAAAUACAUUUGCUAAGCUUCAAGUUGUCAUGCUAAGAGCCUUUCUUCCAUGUCUGUAGAAAGUAGAAAGAGUAUAUUGUUAAAGGUAAAAAAAAAAAAACUAAAUAUACUGUAUCUAUUUAGCUUGAUUGAGCUCUGUUUUAAAAAAGAAAUGGAAUUCAAACUCAUCUGGCAAAAAAAAACAAUGUUAAUUGUGUACAUGCAAUAUAGUUGCACAUAUUUUCUUGUCUUCAGAAUGUAAUGGACUGCAUUUCCUCACGGUUCGUUGAAACUCAUUAAUUAGGAGAGGUUCAGUUAAAUAUACAUUAAUACAUACUGUAUACAGCCUUUGCACUACUACCUACAUAAUGUAUGAGGCUUCUUUGCUACUCUUUUCCUGUUUUUGACUCACUUUGGGAUGGUGGGGGUGGGAUGGUGAGGAUUAGAGUUAGGGGUGAAGAUGGACACUUCAGACAAGACCAUCUUAAUUGCUCCCUACCCAAAUCCCAUUUUGAUGUUUACAAAUCUGAAGGGUCUGGAUUAGGGUUGUAAAAUUCUGGUAAUGUUCCCAAAAUGUUCAGGUUUUCCAGAAAUCCUGUUUGGAGAUUCAUGGAAUCAGGAAAUCCUGUUUGGAGAUUCAUGGAAUCAGGAAAUCCUGUUUGGAGAUUCAUGGAAUCAGGAAAUACUGUUUGGAGAUUCAUGGAAUCAGGAAAUCCUGUUUGGAGAUUCAUGGAAUCAGGAAAUCCUGGUUGGAGAUUCAUGGAAUCAGGAAAUCCUGAUUGGAGAUUCAUGGAAUCAGGAGGGAAUAAGCAGGACAUCUGCAAUAGUCCAACCAGGAUUUCUGGAAAACCUGGGAAUUUUAGUAAAGUCACGGUAAUUCUGUAACCCUUGUCUGGAUAGGUAUAAGAGGUUUAGUUGUGGAACUUCCUGCAGAUCUGUAAACAUCCAAGGGAUAGGGCCAUGGGGAAGGGAGUGCAUUUUCACAGACUGACACUUUGAUUUUAGCACAAUAACUUAAAAGGAUGUGUUAUGUAAGCAUUGUUUUGUUCUGCGUUUAUUCAUACACUGGUAAAGAGAUUAUCAUAUAUUGUUUUUUAUAAUGUGUAUCUUGUAUCUCUCUAGAUCUUAACCUCUUAACCACAUAUGUGUACCAAAUGGCACCCUAUUCCCUAUAUAGUACACUACCCCUAUGGGCCCUGGUCAAAAGUAGUGCACUACUCCCCAUGGGACGUAGACAAAAGUAGUGCACUACUCCGUAUGGGCCCUGGUAAAAAGUAGUGCACUAUAAUGGGAAUAGGGUCCCAUUUGGGUCUCACUUAGAUCUUAACCAUGUCUCUGAGAGAAUAGACAACAUGAGAUCUUCUCUGAGUUUACUGCAAGCUGCAUUAGAUUAUCAUUUCUGAUAUUAGUUUU